CGCAGCAAGCAGCCAAGUGCCCAAAAGCUGAGCGAUCUGAAGGGAGAACGGACCAAGUGAGUUAGAGAGAGAGAGAGUGAGAGAGUGAGAGACAGACGGAGAGAGAGAGAGAGAGAGUUUGGGGCUGGAAGGGGGGCUAGCUCGGGCCGGGGCUUGGGACUCGGGGGUUGGGGGUUGGGGGUGGGGGAGGGGCUUUGGCGGGGUUGGGGGUGGGGGCUAGCAUCACAAUCGAGGGUUUUGGCACCGGACUCGGGGCUCAGGCAAUCCGAGACCAACGACACUUGUUGGCGGGGCUGGCUUCGCCCUCGUAGCACUAAGCACUAAGCACGAGCACGCGGAGCAGGGCCAAGAACGCUUCGCCCGACAGCAAGCGCCGGCGGCAGCGAGCGAGCGAUCGCGGGGGCUAGCUGCAGCAGCAGCAUGAGCAUGGACGAGUGGAAUGUGGUGAGUCGGAAGAAGGGCGCAGGCCGGCGCCUGGCCGCCCCGUAUCUGAAUUCGUCGUGGCUGCAGCACAACGCGCGGGACCGGGGAUCGGGCAACAAGCUCGGCGCUGGCGAUUUCGCCAAUGCCGUGUACGAGGACCUGGGGAUCGUGGACAAUGAGGAGGAGGAAGAGAAGCUUCUCGGCCGAGUUCGCCGCGCCAUCACCAAAGUCGAGCAGUCGACCUUCUUCGAGAAAUUCCUCAAGCAGACGCGCGAGUUGCAGGUCGUCGAGACAUUGCUCCUGUCUGCAGUCGAUGGCGCUGCUCCUGCAGCUCGAAUUCCGGGCAAUGACGCCAAGCUCGGCGUCGGCGUUGCGGUCGAAGGGGAUGCAGCCGGAGAAGGAGGAGGAGAUGGAGAUGGAGAUGCAGAGCAAGGCGGCGACGUCGACCGAAAAGUUGAGAGGAAGCCCGAGAAGGAGGAUAAGGGGGAGAAGAAAGGAGGAGGAGGGGGCCCCAAGAUUGAGAUGGUGUUGUAUGGGGUGGGAAGCAUCUACACUGCGGAGAUUGCCCGAUGUCAGCUGGCACUGGCGCUUCUGAUGCAGCGGAAUUUCCGUUCAAUUGGGCAGCUGCUGGUGUACGAUCCCAUAAUGACGCCCAUAGAAUGUAGGGUAAUGAGAAGUCUGGGAUGCGUGACGCUCGAGACGAACGAGAAUGGAAGCCGAGCCAUCAACGGACCGACCCUGUUUUUCAUGCCGCACAACGAAGUAGAUUUGUAUGAUAGAGUAGUGCAGACGUGCGUGGAGCCCUACAAGCUCAAGCAGAUAGUGAUUCUGGGCAACAGCUUUAGAACAUACAGUGACCGCUGGACCAUGUACCCCUUACCAGAUGGCGACAUCCCUUCGUAUUUGUUGAAGGUGCAGGAGUUUGUGGAAGAAAUUCCCGUGGCCGACGAUUUCUACCCGUCUGCUUUCAGUGAUACGAGUUGGCAUUUUUUCUCGAACGUCGAAGCUCGACAGCUUCACUGAAGUUUUGCUCGCUGUACCUACUGACCUGACUUUCCUGCCUUACUUGCUCUACAUCAUUUACGUCUAUACUCUUGUUCGGACGCUCUUCAUCUGUAGAUAUAUAUACCUCGUGUCGUAGCAUUGCUGUCCAGAGGCAGUAUGUACGUGUCCCUGUUGUGAGUCCCUCUAGGGACUGACGAGGGACCACGAUUUUCCCGGAGCACUCUGUAGAGAAGUGGAAUGGAGCUCUGUGGCCUUUUUGUGCGAAGGUAUCUGCACGAGUUCCUUUGUGGAUUUAUGGGCAUUGUCUUCACCAUUUGUCGAUUGUGCGCCUCGAUGGAUUCUUCUCCCCAGCUAGUGUCAUGUCAUGGAAUAUAACCAUGUGCAGAGUACACAAGAGUCUAUGACAGUGCUUGUUGUUGCUGCCGUCAUGUGACGUGGAUCUGCUAUGGUCGGUAGAGUUCGUGCUGCUACUGACUUUCCCCCAUCCCCCACACCAGAUUCCAUCUUGUCUCGUUCUCAAGCUACUGCCGAUCCGUGAGUGGUUCCUCAAGGUCUCGUAGAGCUUCUCAACUCUCUAGACCUCGAGAAUAUUCCAGUUUCUCGUGCACUUUGAAUCUGUCAACAGUUCAGCAUCCUGUCGACUCGCUCAGUCUACUUGCCUUUUACCUAUUGGAAUUCAGCGACUCAGUCUGUCUGUCUGUAAGCAAGUAGACGCCAUCAUGGAGACCCGACUGAUUAGACCGAGGGAGAAUCGAUCGAAACGGUGUUCCACCUUCCGUUGAAAUGCCCCUGCCCCUCCCCAAGUCUCACUUUAGUAGUUCUGUCCCAAAAACUGAAUCCCUGCCUCAAGGAAAGCCUCUUUUGGGACCCACUGGUGCUUACCCUCGCGUAAUUACCGAAGUUUCCAUUACUCUCCGAUCCAAGGCUGGUUCAUUUGGUUUUGCUCGAGCCAACAGGUUGUUUUGCUACCACCUGAACCGAGGCAGUAUAAUAAACACACGGCGAGCUAGCUGUAUUUGGGGACCGAAAACUGUGACAGUGGCACUUUUGAGGGUUCGCUGGUUUGAUGGUUUCACGGUGUGUACAUGGUCUCGUUCACAUUGACAGCCUCUUUGACUGGUGCUGAAACUUAGCCUCGAAACAAACGAGACGAAUACAGUGAGAUCGUACACGAGUAAUUGAGCAGAGCCGAUGUAACUUCCGCAGCUAUCUAUGUUAAAGAAGCUGAGAUUACCCAGGAAUAAUCGGAGGAAGAUAUAUAAACAUAUAUAAAUGAGCAUUCAUACGAUAUUCGGCGAAUGAAUAUCGAAGGCUGGUGCGCGAGCAAGUGGUUCUCUCUAGAAUUCUGGACCUGCAUGAGGUGGUGGAUGUCCAAUGUUCUGCUCACGUUUUACUCUGCUCAACGAAGUGGAGUGGUUUUGUGAGGCCUACAGUGGUUCUGGAUCCUUUGUAUCUGGUCGUUCGUCUCAUCUCAAAUCACAAUUGAGUGCUGGAAUAGCCUCCUCCAGUUUGACUGUUUCAAUAUCGUCUUCCAAUCAAUCACAACUGAACACUGAAACACUGAAUCUCCGAGGGAGGAAUUUCAGACUUCCUGGAAUACUCUCCUCCAGUUUGACUGUUCCAACAUCAACUUUGAAU